UAUUUGACAUUCGUUGUCUUCUCACAGUCUUCAUGUUCAAUUCAACUCUAUUAGCAAAAUUUAUUUAAUUUUUGCAAAAAUUCACACAAAAAUCUAAAAGCAAUUUGUGUUUUUGUUUUAUUUUUGCUUUAAAGAAGAAGAAAUGGCAAUUCAAUUAAAAAUCACCCCCAACUAACCCUAACAACAUAAAAUGAAAAGUUAAAGAAAAGAAAAAAAGCUAACUACGGAAAGACUGUGUGUUUUAUGAAAGUAAAAAACAACCAGAAACAGAAACAUUUUUAUAACAAAACCAAAAGAAAAAACUCAACAACGAGAUUCUCCUACUGAAACAUCAAGAGCCCCAAGCAAAAUUCUUCUAAACGAGUAAAACAUACUAAAACAUGGCAAGUCCAAGAACACGUCGUGUGCUUCAAGAGCUCAAACCCCAAGACGAAAAUAGUAAAUGCUUUGAAUGCGGAGCCCAUAAUCCACAAUGGGUGUCGGUUACUUACGGCAUAUGGAUAUGCUUGGAGUGUUCGGGAAAACAUCGUGGCUUAGGAGUGCAUCUGUCAUUUGUGCGGUCGGUUACAAUGGACAAGUGGAAAGACAUCGAAUUGGAAAAGAUGAAAGUUGGUGGAAAUCGUAAGGCGAGAGAUUUCUUUGAUGACCAAUCCGAUUGGAAUGAUAGUGCGCCCAUUCAACAGCGUUAUAAUUCGAAAGCCGCUGCAUUAUAUCGAGAUAAGAUUACUACUUUGGCUCAGGGCAAGAGUUGGAGUCUGAAAGAAGCUGAAAAAGGUUUACCUGCGCGUUCAGGUGCUAAUAAUAGUUCAGCGGGCGGGGGUGGUUCUUCGAUGUCGCAUUCCAAGAGUAGUGGUUCGUUUACGAGCAAUCAAGGCCAUUCAUCAACUGGUGGUGGCUCGACUGGGGGCUAUCAGAAUGGCGGAGGAUAUAGCGAUAGUAAUUUGACUUAUCAGAAUUUAAAUAGUCAAGAAUUCAAAGACCAAAAGGACGACUUCUUUAGCAGAGUGCAGGAACAGAAUGCUACGCGACCUGAUCAUUUGCCACCAAAUCAAGGAGGUAAAUAUGCUGGCUUCGGGUAUUCCCGUGAUCCACCGCCAAAGACUCAAUCGCAGGAAAUACUUGAUUCAACUCUUUCUUCGCUAGCAUCGGGUUGGAGUUUGCUGUCAUCUGGAGCUUCUAAGAUUGCUGUAACAGCUAAAGAAAAGGUUGUGACGUACGGUAAUGUGGCAUCUAGCAAGAUUAGAGAUGGUGGUUUGCUAGAAACUGUUAGCACUCAAGUGUCUGAUGUAGCCUAUAAGGUAACUGACAUAAGCAAACGAGGAUGGAGUAAUUUAGCUGGCAGUAAUAUUAAUUCACCACAAGGCGGCUACACUGGUUUUAAUCAAGAAACACGUUCCGAAGGAGGUUAUCAACGAUCACAGUCGGCGGGCAAACUAUCUUCGCAAUCCAAUCCCAAUGACAUUGAUUGGGGUUGGAAUGAAGACACUUUGCAAUCUAAUCAAUCUCAAUCCUAUCAGAAUUCAGUAAACACCGCAGCCAAUAACGGUGCAGACAGUGAUGAUUGGUCAGGAUUUGAUACAAGUAGUUACCAGAAUGCUUAUCAAAAUCAAGCAAUAACCGAAACAAAGAAGACUGUAACUACAACUGCAACAACUAAAAAGAAUCUUAAACUUUCCAACAACAAACCAGGUGAUGACGGUUUUGAGGAUUUGGAUGUAAAAAAUGUCAAACCUAAAAAUGAAAAACGAUUAAAUAAUGCAGAAGAUGAUGCUUGGAAUUUACUCAAUAACUAGAUAGCUGGAAUUUCUUUAGUUAUUUUUUGUUUUUCGUUUAAGUUUAUAUAUAUGAAAUUGUAAUGAAAGAAAAAAACAUAUUAAACUAUUACUUUUGUUUUUCUCAUUGCCCAUGAUAUACUGUUAUUCAAUGUUCACAUUUUGUGGCAAAUAUUUAAAUAAAAUUAAUAGAACAUUCGCAUAUUUUAACCAAUUUUAUGUUUAAUCCAAUUGAAAAAAAAAGAAACGUUGUUUCUUCAUGCAAGGGAGGAGAUAUUAGAAAACAAUAUAAGAAAAAUAAAAGAAACGAAAUUAAGACCAUUUUAACGAAACUGUAUUUGUAACAUAAGAUAAUGAAAGAAAUAAAGAACUGUGUCAAUAAAUGUAUAUGUAUGCAAUGUAAAAAUA